UUUCAGGUGACGGUGACGUAGUUAUCACGAUUAUCAUAUCACGAUUUUUUUUAGUUUGGAGUGCUUUACAAUUUACAUUAAUAAAAUAUUUACUAAAUAAAAUCCGAUUAUAAUUUUUAGUGGAAACAGAUAUAGAAUGUGAAUUUCGUAUAUACCUAUUAAAUAUGGUUACUUUAAUAUUGUCCCAUGGGGAAAUCGAAUAACAAUUUUUAUAUUCUGCUAGUAAUAAAACUUUAGUUAUCUAUCUUUAAAUUACGAUAUGUUAUAUUCAUGCUACAUGAAAAAAACUCCCCUGUUUCCUAAGUUUCAACGUAAAUCUUCUGGAACAAAUUCAGGUCAGAUGAUGCCGAGUGACGGAGCUCCAGGCACACCCUCGUCCAAGCCAAAAGAAAAAAUUAUUCCAAGAACCAAGGUCGUUGUGGCGUUGUACAACUAUAAAGCAAUAGAAAGUGGUGAUUUAUCCUUAGAGAAAAACCAAUCUUACGAUGUUAUUGACGAUUCUCAGGAACAUUGGUGGAAAGUUAGAGAUUCAAAAGGAAAUAUUGGUUAUAUUCCAAGCAACUAUGUGAAGGAAAAGGAGUCUUUGGGCUUGCAGCAGUAUGAGUGGUAUGUAAAUGAUAUGUCAAGGCAAAGAUCUGAAUCUCUUCUUAAAAAUGAAGAUAAAGAAGGCUGUUUUGUGGUUAGAAAUUCGUCAACGAAAGGACUGUACACAUUGUCUCUAUAUACCAAAAUACCUCACCCACACGUGAAACAUUACCACAUAAAGCAAAACGAGAGGACAGGGGAAUAUUAUCUAUCAGAAAAACAUUGUUGCAGUUCGAUACCAGACCUAAUCAACUAUCACAAGCACAACAGCGGUGGUCUUGCAUCAAGGUUAAAGACCAGUCCCUGCGAUAGGCCUGCCCCUGCUACUGCUGGUCUUAGUCACGAUAAAUGGGAAAUUGAUCAUAAUGAGUUGAUGCUAUUAGAUGAGUUAGGAUCUGGACAAUUCGGCGUGGUGAGAAGAGGGAAAUGGAGGGGCUCCAUAGAUGUGGCAGUGAAAAUGAUGAAAGAAGGAACGAUGUCCGAAGAUGACUUCAUUGAUGAAGCUAAAGUCAUGACAAAAUUGCAACACACCAAUUUGGUUCAAUUGUAUGGCGUAUGCAGUAAGAAUAGACCUAUUUUCAUAGUUACGGAAUACAUGAAGUAUGGUUCCCUCUUUAACCAUCUAAGAAGGCAUGAGCAAUCGUUAAGUAGCAAUCAAGGACUUUUACUUGACAUGUGUAUACAAGUGUGCAAAGGAAUGGCAUACCUAGAGAGGCACAACUAUAUCCAUAGAGACUUGGCCGCCAGGAAUUGCUUAGUCGGAACUGAAAAUAUAGUAAAAGUAGCUGAUUUUGGAUUAGCCAGAUAUGUUUUGGAUGAUCAGUACACUUCGUCGGGCGGGUCUAAAUUUCCCAUCAAAUGGGCACCUCCUGAGGUAUUAAAUUAUACAAGAUUUUCGUCGAAAUCUGAUAUAUGGGCAUAUGGGGUAUUGAUGUGGGAAGUAUUUACUUGUGGGAAAAUGCCAUAUGGUAGAUUAAAAAACUCUGAAGUCGUUGAAAGAGUCCAGAAAGGGAUGAUCUUGGAAAAACCAAAAGCUUGUUACAAAGAAGUAUAUGAUGUGAUGCGAAAAUGCUGGGCGCACCUACCUGAAAAUCGACCCUCCUUUAAAGUGCUAAAAGAGACACUGGUUAACGUGUCACAGGGCAUUUUGGUCGAUUGACUGGCCAAGUUGGUCUGCGAAUGCGUCUCGCACAGUCCAUCUUCGUCGUCGGGCGUGUCUACAAGUGAUUAUGAGCAGACUUGGCUCAACGUGUGUCAGACUUUGUGCCGCGAGGCUAAAAAGAGCAGAGUUAAAAAAUUAUGAACGGUUUGUUGUCAUCUACUUGAGACCGAUGAUGAUAAUAAUAAAAAUAGUAACAAUAAAAACAAAACGCUCUUGUAUGAAUACAUUAUAAGUGAUAAAAUUAUGAAUCAAAUUUAAAAAUCAAACAAUUUCAUUAUACAAAUAAUAUUUUUGAUCUAAAUAAAUGAAUAAUUAUUAAUUGUUCCUCUCACAUUUGGAUAAUUUUGAAUUUUACUACAGGGUUUUGGUGAGCUGUAAAAUGAAAGAAUAUUUUUUUAUAUCAAAACUGGUAAAUUGAUAAUUAUUACUACAACAAAUAAUAAAAAAGUUAGAUGAUCAAUUGGCUGUUAUAAAAUACUUUUUAAAUUAGAGCGACUUCGCAUUACUAGUAAAUAGUUAUAAUCGCUACAAUGAGUAGUAAGUCAGUCAUGGUCCUAGAAAUAACGCCUUCCUAAGUGAUUCUUCGCAGGACAUUCUUUAAUUACAGUGGCAACAUUGUCAUAUCUUAAAGCAUAAACAUUUAAAAUUUUCUGGAAUAAAAAAAAUCAAUAAAAACUUUAAUUAUUGAUUAAAAUAAAUAGUUUUAACUAGCUCUGAAAACAAUAUUAAUAUUUUACAAUGUGCAGCAGAAGGCCAAAUAUUGUCUCGUGACCUAUAAAAAUUUAAACCCUAGACAUGAUUAUUAAAUAACUCUCAAGUAAAGAAAAAUAGGUUAAUUAAUUGUAUCUAUUUAUGUUAGUAGGUGUCAAUUAUACAAUUAAAAUAAAUGCGACCUUUUCAGACUUCUAUAUAAUUUUGUUUGUAAUUUUUAACAUAUUUUAUCACUAUAAUGGAUAAUUAUUGUACUUCAUUAUUGAAACUGACUUAAGAGUCUGUGUGACACAAUAUAUAGUGAUUUAGGUUCUGUGUUAUUAUAAGUAUGAGUGGCCGGAUGAGUGGAACAGGAACAAAUGGAGUGUGGGGUGAGGUGGGUGCGAUAAAUAGUUAAUAAUUAUUGCUAAUUUUCACGUAGUCGACUGUUUCAGUAUUUUGUUAGAGACAAUUCAAGAAAAUAUCCUUUAAAAACGACAAAAUUGAAACUGUUACCAUUCUCUGGAUAUUUUGUCAAUGAAUUAAAAAAAGCACCUUCGUUUUUCUUUUUCAAAAACGUUUACAUGCUUUGCUGUAAUAUAAAUUAAUAAAUAUGUUAUAAUUUAAUCGGAUCAUUAACACUACUUCCUACGCUAUUUUUUAUCUCUGGAAACGGAAUUUACAGAAGUAAAUAUAACUUUUUGAGAUUCUCAAAAUUUAACGAAUCAGUUUGAUAUUUCAUUCAUAUUUGGAACAUGUUUUCAUGAAAAAAUUGAUAAAUAGCGACUGCGUCGAAACUUUAAGAAUAAUUGUAUUAGUUUUACUAAGUGAUGUAACAGAGACUAAGUUGAUAAUUUUAUGUUUAUAUGCUCAUAUUUCUCUAAUUUAAAUGUGUUAAGGGACUUAAAGUGUAUUUAAUUGAGGAAUGUAUUUUUUGCACUCAAUAUUUAUAGCUUAUUAUUUAUUGUAAAUGACAGUCAAAGUGAAAUAACUGAUAUUUUUUGAAUUAUUACUGACUUCGAUUUUUAAGGAAUAUUUACAGAUUAUGUAUUGUACAUUUUUGAAAGGAUCCAACCAAACGUGCCAGUAAUAUUUGAUAGUUGGUUGGUAGAGGGUUAAUAGACUAUUUUCCUGUUUUUUGUAAGUUUUAUGAAAUAUGUUUAAAAAUGAUACUCUCGUGCAGAAUUGCAGACGUGUGUUUCUAAGUCAUUUUGCGGUUUUAAUUUGUUAUUUACGGAAAAUAUUGACAUUACGUUCAUUAAUUCUGUGUUAUAGGUCCACAUGGUAGUUUUAUUAACAAAUUGUUCAAAAUGGAGGUAUUAGUAUUUUUACCAAACAUUGGACAAUAAAAAGUAACCACCCAUACAGAGAUUGCCACCAAAUAGAAAAAAAUAUAUAUUUUUAUAACUAACCUUUUUUAUAAAGUUUGCACUAAACUUUGCCCAUAUCCGUUACAUCAUUUAGGUGGUAGUCUUUAUUGCAAAUUUGAUAUAAGUAAUGUUUGAAAUUUGGCUGUAUUUUUUUCUUUUUGAUAUAAAUAUACAUACAGUAGAACCACGUAGAACCCUGAUUAACCGAAAUGAAUGGCGGGAGGGAGUGGAGCCAUUUUGAAAUAACGAUUUUUUUUUGGCUUAAACUAUGACUAUACAUACAACUAAAUAUUAGGUCUGUUUGAACAACGAUCAGAAACAAAUCAUUGCACAGUAUCAUUUCAUUUUUAAAAUCUUUAUUAAAUUCUUUUCAUUUAUCUAGAGACAGUGUACAAGUCAUUGUCUGAGAAGGGAUGCCCUGGACAACGUCUCGUCUCGAAACACUUAAUGUACAGUGUUUACUGUUGGUAUUUAUGUAAUAUCUCCUUAUUGUAUGGAUACAAUAUGUUAAUUUGGCUUCUUACCCUGUUAAUCAGUGGUUAUUGCUCUGAAUUUUAGUUUUGUUUGACGUUAGUUGUGGUUAUUUGGCGGUUCCAAUAAUAUACUGCUCACAAUCCCUGCGUCAAUGACUGAUUUCUGAACGUUGUUGGAACAGACCUAUGUAUCUAAUUAAAGUACAUACAUAUGCACAAUUCUGAUAUGUUUUGAAGGUUAAGCGAAUUUAAAACUCUAGCUAUUCUUAUGUUCUUCAUAGACCAGCUUUCUGUAGCACUUACGAUUUUUCGUGAAGUACUGUACGUCCUUUUGGAUUUGCGAUUUCUGAUGCAGUUCGGAUAACCAGGAUUUCCGUUAUCCCGAGUUUGGUUAACCGGUGUUUUACAGUACAUAUAAAACAAAAACUAGCAAAAAAAUCAUGACUGAUUUUUCAUAGUUUUAUACUUUAACAGUAAAAUUAAAGAUAUAUUUUUUAUUUGUAUCUUCUGAAUAACAAAAUAAACUGAUUGUUCGUUUUUUUUAUCUAUUAUCGUGCCAAAUUUUCAAAAUACUAUUAGGAUAGAAUUUAUCAAGCAAAUUAAAAAAUAACUUUUAGUGUGAGAAAAAAUGUAUUGAAAUUUGUUAGUAAAAAUAUUUGUUGUGAAAAUGUUAGAAACGGGUGCUACAAUUCAGGUUGAUAUUAAGAAUAAACAUUAGUUUUGAACGAUUUUAUGUAUGUUAUUCUACUUGACCAAAUUUAUAUACAUUGUAAUUAGAAGCAUUUAUUCUUCAUAAGACCUAGUUGGUUAUAGUGAUUAAACUUUGUACAUAUUACUUUCAAAAUGCAUCAUAGUUUACAGUGUUUACACCAUUUUUGCCUAGCGGUGAAUGGUAGUCAGCAAAUUCAAAUUAAAGACGAAAACAAAGAGUAUGACUAAAAAGGACGAAGAAAACAAUAAUAGUAAAGAAAAAGAUUAUAAUACAACUAAAACAUCAUAGUUAGAGCGACAUGUUUGGAGUGUUGGAAGUCAAACAGUGACAUACUUAUUCUUACAAUUCUGAAGGAAAAGCUCUAAGCAGCACAAAAAUUGGCAAAUAGAACAUGAAAAAUAGGAAAACAAGAAGUAUUGUUAAAAGUGUAAAGAAACUAUGACUUUCUACCAAAAACAUUUAGCCAGCAGACUUAAAUCAGCUUAAACCCAUUAAGGUUUUGUUUAUCCAUCAUAUAUACUAAUUGUUUUGUUAAUACUGGGUAAUUUGCUAUUUAUUUUGUGUAUUAACAUUUAGUAUAGUAGUAUGUCUUCUAUCUAUAGUCUCUACUCUUCCAAAAAUCUUAUUCUUGCAAGCUAUUUCAUAGAUUUCUUUUUUUCCAUUUUAUGUCUUUUUAGUUCACCUAUCAUCGUCCUCUGCUGGUUUCAAUUUGAAGUAAACUUACAGUUUUUAAUUUUCGCAGGCAAAGUUGUAUUUAUUUUUGUCUAACAAAAUAAUGUAGCAAUGAUGUUCUCAAUAUCAAUUUGAAAAAUUUGUACAGAUAAAAUUUAGAUUUAUUAUUGUUAAAAUUGAAAAGAUGUAUUGGCUUAUGUGUGAUCAUAUUUUAAAAGUAAACUAGCGCCCGCGGUAGAUUGCAGAUUUGGCAGAAAUAUGCGUAGACAUGUUUUAAUGUCUUAGUACUAUUAGUGUAAUUUUUUCUAUUUAACAAACAAUUGUGAAUAUGUAUUACGUAAAAAGUUAACCAAUAUUGGUAAGAGGAUUGCAUUUGCUUGUUGAUUCACUUCACAGACUGAAGAACCAUUAAAUUUGACCACUUAAGCCUCAUUCAUGCCUCAGUUAGUGCUCAUAUUAUAUAGAUAUUUGUGUUAAUAAUGAAUACACUCUUCAAUAUUAAUGACCAUUAAAAAAACGUUUCAUGGAUAUAAUGUAUUGAGUGAAUUGACUGGCAACUGGAUGACUUCUUAUAUCUAUUAGCAAUGUGAUUAGGUCCUCACCCCUUUGAUACACUAUUUCUCAUUUUAAGUAUUGUAUGUUUUUACCUAAUAGUUCGAAACAAAAUAUUUGUAAAACAUUUAUAUAUAAUUAAUAAAAUUAUUAA